GCCAAGGGCACCAGGUUGGGGAAAGAAGUUGUAAACAACUUUUGGCUCCCCAGCUGGACUGAUUUUCCAAUUAAGUUAACUGGGAAAUUGGCCCAUGUGAGUUUAUUAUAUUGAGGUAGGUUCCUGCAACCCUCUGAGGUCCCCAGCUGGUUAUAUCAGCAGCUUCGCAGCUUUUCUGUCAGUGCUUAGUUUGCCUUUGAAGAGAUGUGGAAGCAUGAUUGAUGCAUGCAGAAUUUGGUUGUGAUCAUACCUUAUGUGAUUGCCGCCUUGAGUGGGUUUGAAAGGUGGGCAUCACUGACAGGAAUAGUUUGCAGCACAUGUUAUGUUGUUAAAUCCAAAUGUAGUAAAGUGGGGAAGAAUAUUUAAAGGAAGAUGUCAGUGGAAUUUUUCUCUACAACCUAAAGAUUAUCAGAUGAUAAGUAUGACAGUUGCCUAAAGCUUUUAUUCUCUGGUCUGGAUUGAGGCUACUGUAAUAGACCAGAAACUCUGUGCUCUAAUUACAUCUCCUGUAAUUAGACUUACCCCUGUCAGUAAGUGGGAAACUGACUCUGAUUAAGGGCAUCAGAUAUCUAUGGAAAGGUCUAAAGAAUUACUGGACCGAGAAUAUGCUGAAUGGCACCUCAGCCCCCAAAUUCAUGCUGCUUGGCUUUCCUGAGCUUCAGGAGUUCCAGUUACUCUCCUUCGUCAUUCUCCUCUCCAUCUAUCUCUUCGUACUCCUUGGCAAUGGCUUGAUCAUUGUCCUCUCCCAUAUAGAUAUGAACUUGCGAUUCCCCAUGUACUUUUUCCUGAGGCAUUUCUCGUUCCUUGAGAUGUGUUAUACCUCAGUUACUCUUCCCCAGUUGCUGAGAAAUGUCCUCAGGGCAUCCUGUGCCAUCUCCUUCUGGACCUGCCUCACUCAGAUGUAUUUCUUCUUUUUCUUUGGCUCCACAGAGUUCCUCCUCUUGGCUGCUAUGGCCUAUGAUAGGUAUUUAGCCAUCUGUCACCCAUUGCAAUAUCCAGUGCUCAUGGACAGCCAUGUUUGUGUCUGCCUUGCCUUGGGUUCCUGGCUGAUUGGAUUUUUGACUCCCUUCCUGCCCAUAGCCUUCAUUUCACAGUUGCCAUUUAACAGCAGCAACCAGAUCAACCACUUCUUCUGUGACACGGGGCCCUUGAUUAAGCUCUCGACUGGAAAUACUUUUAUGGCUGACACAAUGGUAUUCCUGGUCUCCGCAGUGAUUGUUCUCAUAUCUUUCCUUCUGACAUUGACUUCAUACGCGCUGAUUGUUUCAACCAUCUGCCAUAUCCCUUCUGUGUCAGGAAGGCAUAAGGCCUUUUCUACCUGUUCCAGUCACCUCAUGGUAGUUACUAUCUUCUACGGAACAGUAAUCUUCACAUAUCUCUGCCCUCAUUCUGAUCAGACUUUUGAUAUGGAAAAAGGUGUCUCACUGCUCUAUGCUGUGAUCACUCCAGUGUUGAAUCCAAUUAUCUACACCCUGAGAAACAAAGAUGUGAAAAGAGCUGUGGAAAAGAUCCUCUACCACAUAAAGAUCAAGCAAAGAAAAAUGUCAUAAACCUCAUCUGACAAAACUGGCAAGCUAAGGGAAGGUUGUAGUAAAUAAACAUAUCUUUGUACAGAAGACACUCGCAUGUGCUUUUAACUGACAAUAAAGUGACAUUCUCGAGUCCUUGUAAACAUCAGUUUAUAUAUUUUUAUGCUGUGUAUUAGCACAUGACAUAC